AAACCCUCACAAUGCUCUCCUUCGCCGGCAAACCUCUCCUCCUCCUCCUCCUCUCCGUCGCCGGCGGCCUUGCUCUCGCCUGCUCUCCGGCGCUUACCUCGAACGGCACCUCCAUCUACGACCUCCUUCCCAAGUAUGGCCUCCCGCCGGGCCUUCUCCCCGACACAGUCAUUAACUACACUCUCUCCGAUGAUGGUAGCUUCGUUGUCCACCUCGCCGGACCCUGCUACAUCGAUUUCGAUUACCUCGUCUACUACGAGCCGCUCAUCACUGGUACCGUCCACUACGGCAGCAUCGAUGACUUGAAAGGCAUCCAAGUCCGCCGCUUCCUCAUAUGGUUUGAUGUUGAUUCCAUCAAGGUCGACCUCCCCCCGGCCAAUUUCAUCUACUUUCAGGUCGGGUGGAUCACCAGGAAGCUGUCGGUAGGGCAGUUCGAGACCGUGCACUCGUGCCGGGAUAGUGCGCUAGGGCUCAGACGGAUCAAAGACUCUGCUGAGCGAGUGAUUCAGCUGCCAGCGUUUGGGAGAGAUAAGCAUGCCAAUGAGGGAGUAGAGACGAUUCAAUAAUAAAAUAAGUUAAGGUUAUCAUCAACAAUGUAAAAUGUACCAAAAUGUUUCACUAGCAGCAGUUGCCACCCUCAAUCCGGAUCACAUGUCUCAUAUUAGUCACAGAAAUGCCAUGGAAGUCCAGUCUGUAUUGGUUUUGGUUCUGGGUCACCUUUGUCUUUUCUUUCAACCAUGAAGAUGACUAUUCUUGAUGAUGCCAUAAUACCCAUGUAUUUUGCAGUGUAAUGCUUUGCUUAAGUUGUAUGCUCAGUCUCUGUUUACAAUAUAAUUUGUUUCUAAUGAAAUGUAUUAUUCAUUAAA